AUGGCAGAAGUAGCAGCGGCAGCAUGGGCUGUAGAAGAAGCUAUUACGACGACCGUUCAAGUCGGUGUCGGGGCGUACAUGGUGUCGAAGCCUACGAUGCCACUACAUGCGACCUUUACACAAAUAGCAACUUCAUCAGAUGAUGAGACCAAGCUCUCUCUCUGCCGCUCAGGACACUCAUUGACAGUAGUCGGCAACAAAGCGUACAUUUUCGGUGGCCAAACUGCUGCCAACAAACUCGCCAGCACCGACGUUCAUGCUAUAACCCUGACGUCCGACAAGAGCAGUCCAGACUACUCUGUCAUACCUGCGAUCGCCGACACCGGAAGUACUCACAUUCCAUCUCCACGACAGAAGCAUGCAGCAUGCAGCUUCAAUAUCUGCGUUGCGGUAUUCGGUGGUGUAGAUGAGUCUGGUGAAGUGAUUGAUGAGCAGCAUAUCUGGCUCUUCAAUACCGCCAAGCCAGCCUGGGAGACAUUGCAACCGAAAGACACUAGUGCGCCCGCGCCUUCUUCUCGGAACGAAGCUCAGUUGUUCAACCAUCAGAACAAUCUGGUCUUGUUCGGCGGCAGGAGUAAGACUGGAGAAACUUUGAAGGACGUCUGGCUCUUCAAUUACGUACACUCAUCUUGGAGCCAAUUGGCAGACGCACCAGUAUUCUCGUCUUCAGCAGCGGUGAUCAACGGAAUGCUCCAUGUGAUAGCCAACGGCGACAAAAUGGGCAGUGACCUGCUUCUCCUCGAACUCCCACCAAAGGACAAACCCCUGGCAGAAGUCGAGCAAAAGAGCUGGCAUACCGUUCCCUUCCCAACGAAUCCACUAACACCCGGUCCCCAACCACGAGUAGGGGCCGGUCUCAUCCCAGUAAGCACGGGACACGGUCGCAACUACCUCCUCUACCUCUUCGGCGCACAUCCACCCCCCUCAAACACCGAUACCACCAAAGAAGCCAUUCCAUCUGGAGGAGAACAACUCUACCAUUCCGAUAUCUGGACCUACCAACUCCCUUCCACCGCCCACUCCGCCAAACUAACCACAACCAUCUCCGAAGCCAUCAAACCCGCCAAGAUCAAGGACUCGAUAAGGAGUGCCCUUGGCUACGACACAGGUGGGCAUAGCUGGGCGGAAACGGAAGUCCUACUGCCGCCGGCGGAUCUGGACGCACCGCAAGGUGGUAGUUCGGGGAAGGUGCAUCCGGGACCUAGAGGAUUCUUCGGGUGCGAUGUUAUGGAGGAUGGGAAGGGGAUCGUGGUUUGGGGUGGUAUCAAUGCUAAGGGUGAGAGGGAGGGUGAUGGUUGGGUGAUUGGGUUGUCGUAG